GCGGGACUUCUUCGCGUGGUCGUUGCUGAGCGGGUAGUUGACAGACUUUUCCACAGGCACCGCUGAUUAAAACCAUAAAACAUGAUGGCUACAAAUGGAAAGGACGCCCAUGGAUUAAAUGGUGAUGACACAUCGGUGUGUUUAAAUGGCGGCAAUGAUGUUUUUGCCAACAAGCCACACUCCGCUGUGGUGAACGGAGCAGCCAAGGCGGCACCGUCCAGGCUGCAGAACGGAGGCACCGGGGCGGAGAGGUUCACCUUCAGCCCCGAGCCCACCAUUGAGGACAUUAGGCGGAUGCAGGCUGAGUUUACAGACGAGCGGGACUGGAAUAAGUUCCACCAGCCCCGCAACCUGCUCCUGGCGAUGGUCGGUGAGGUGGGCGAGGUGUCGGAGCUCUUCCAGUGGCGGGGGGAGGUGGCCGAGGGCCUGCCGGACUGGACCGAGUCUGAGCGGGAGCAGCUGGCGCAUGAGCUCAGCGACGUCAUGAUCUACCUGGUGGAGCUGGCCGAGAAGUGUCGGGUGGACCUUCCUCAAGCGGUGCUUCGUAAAAUGGCCCUGAACAGACUGAAGUACCCCGCCAGCAAGGUGCACGGGUCGGCCAAAAAGUACACAGAGUACAAGGACUGAGUUUGGGUGAUCAGAGAUGUCAGUGAGGGGACUCUGGUUGCAGUGACUGCUGGAGCUGGUGCUCACUUGACUGACAACAUGCUGCAGUUUAUUAUGACCUACUACUGAACGUUUUAUCCCUGGGUUCAGUGGCUUUAUCUGGGCUGACUUGCUACAUAUGAAUGCUCUUAACUUGUGUGUGUUGUCUGUGAUACACAUUUGUGAGCCUGGCUGCCUACAUAUGCAACGUCUCCUUUAGUAGGUGAGGCACUUGGGGAAUCCUGCAUGCUGGCUUUUAUUGAGGUUAACUUUUAAAUUCUGUUUUUACUCUUUCAAUCAUUGAUGUGCCUGAGUGAAUUUGCUGAAACAUAUUCCUGUUGUGGAGUGCCUUUUGGGGAGUAUUUAUAAGAAUAUGUUUCUCACUGAACAGUUUUACAGCUUGCCUCUGGUUUAAGAGUGUGACAGAGUGGAUUGGAAAAUUGGUGGAGAGUUGAAGCAGAUGAUUAUUGUCCUGACUGUUCCUGACAAAAGAGUAAUUGUGGACAGAUUUUGUGUUAUUAGGUUUUUGAUUCAUCAUCAUUUCCCAUCAGGGUUGGAUGAACUUCUCCUCUGUUUUGUUCACAUCACAACUGUCACAUUUUUUUCCUGAAGUAAAAAUUGCUUCUAUUCUGC